AUGCCGCGAGAGCCUUGAUAAGCGGUACCGAUUAAAUAAAUAAAUAACCAUAUUGGGUAAGUGACCAAAAUUCGCCCAGGCCAAUGCGAGUGCAGACUCGCGGCGGUUCCAUGAAUUGAUAUUUUUUGGUUAUGUUAGCGGUGUCGUUUAAUUAAAAACGGUACCGCGAGAAAGCCCAACGGUACCGCUGUACUAGCAAACGACAGUGUUUGAUAAAAAAAAAAAACAAUGUCGCAAAAGGAAAGGCAAACAGAGCUAUUUGGGAAAGGAAACGACAUCGCAGGAUCAUGAAAACAACUCACGUAAAGUUCACGCGAAGCAGUUUGAGGAACGAAGCGGUUGAGACAUGUGGGAGUUCUCCGGACGACAAAGCAGUUGAUACGGAGUUGCGUGAAGACUACGAAGCAGUUUUUUGAAUAAAAGCAGUGGAGCAAGGAGAGAGAAAGGACAACCAAAUCAACACAGAAACACAUCUGUCAAACUUUACCUUUUCUCUGUAACUACUUCGCGGAGCUCUCCUUCCAGGAAGGAUCUCCAUAGUUGUAGUCUUAGUUGUAGUCGCGGAGCUCUCCACAGGAAUCUCCAUAGGAGUAGCGGUAGUGUAGAUUCCUCAAAAAACUCAAACACCCUCGUUCGAACGUAGUUUGGAGAGGUGCGAACCGUAGUAACGGUCGUUCUUGGUUAGAAGUCAGAGGUGCAUCGAUCAAAUCAACACCGCCCGGCGGUGGAAUUUGACGGUCACGUUGAUUUCAUCAUUUACAGGUGCAUCGAUCAAAUAAACGGCGCCGACAUUCGGCGGCGGAUAUUUGACGGUCGUCUCGAUUUCAGCAAUCAGCGGUGCAUUCGAUCAAACAGCACCGCAAGAGUUUCCACCGCGAAAGAUCAAAUCAACAUCGCCGGAAACGAAUUUGGCACCGACGGUGGCAUUUGGUUUUUCUCGGGAAACACAAUCAGGCAAAAAAAUGAAAUCCUUUCUCCUCAUCAUCUCCCUCACUGUAACUUCGACAUUCCUCUCCAUUUCCUUCUCCCAGGAAGCACCAUCAGCUCCUGGGAAAACCGGCUUACAAACUUACAUUGUGUUUCUAGACAAGCCAGAGGGCCUAACUUUACCCACGGAGGGUUCAAAUUCUAAUCAUGAUGAUUUACAUAGCUGGUACACAACAUUUCUCCCUGAAACCACCUUAACCACAAACGAAGAGCGCAUAGUGCAUUCCUACCGCAAUGUUGUCACAGGAUUUGCUGCUAAGCUCACACCACAGGAGGCCAGAGCAAUGGAAGACAAGGCAGGCUUUGUCUCGGCCAGAGUCCAGCGAUCUUUGUCCCUACUCACGACUCGUACUCCUGAGUUCCUUGGUCUGCAGCAGAGUCUAGGAGCUUGGAACUUACCGAAUUCGGGCGAAGGAGUGAUCAUUGGGUCAUCGACACGGGGAUCAACCACGAUCACCCUUCUUUCUCCGACGAAGGCAUGCCUCCCCCGCCUUCCAAAUGGAGGCAGGUGCGAGUUCAAUGGCAAACAGAUUUGUAACAAUAAGCUAAUCGGUGUGAGGAGCUUCCUUACCAAUACUACCCCGUCGGAAGAUGUCGAUUUCUACCAUGGUAGUCAUACUGCAGGGGAAGCUGCAGGGAGCCCUGUUCAAGGCGCAAAUGUGUUCGGACAAGCAAAUGGGACAGCGAUGGGAAUCGCCCCCAAAGAUCACCUAGCAAUGUACAAGAUAUGCCUAAAAGAUGAAUGCUACGAGAGCGAGCUACUGGCGGUGAUGGAUGCUGCUAUUGAAGAUGGUGUCGAUGUGCUUUCGUUGUCGCUUGGUGACGGAUCAAAUCCUUUUUAUGACAAUACGAUUUCCCUGGGUGCAUUUAGAGCAUUUCAGAGAGGUAUCUUCGUGAGCUGCUCAGCUGGAAAUGAAGGACCCUCAAAGUCUUCUGUGGUCAAUGAUGCCCCAUGGAUUUUGACAGUUGGAGCAAGUACGAUCGACAGGGAGAUCAGAGCAACUGUGUUGCUAGGAAACAAUGUGGAGCUCCAUGGUCAAUCCGCCUACCAACCAAAGGAUUUGAAUUCGCGGCAAUUGCCAAUCAUUGAUCCUGCUGCAACUGGGAUAAAUGCAUCAGCAACAUUUUGUGGAGCAGGAUCAUUGAACAACAUUGAUGUUAAGGGCAAGAUAGUCCUAUGUCAGAUUGGAGGCGAAGUUAGAACAAUAGAGAAGGGACAAGAAGUGAAGGAUAAUGGCGGAGCAGCCAUGAUCUUAAUUAACGAUUUGGCCAGUGGAUACACCACUCUUGCUGGUGCACAUGUUCUACCUGCAUCGCACAUCAAUUAUCAGCAUGGAUUAGCAGUGAAGGGUUACUUGACCUCCACACAACUCCCUACUGCAUCAAUCUCAUUCGGAGGUACCUUGAUUGGCAAGUCAAAUGCCCCACAAGUCGCCUUCUUCUCUUCUAGAGGGCCUAGUCCUCAAUCCCCAGGGAUCCUAAAGCCUGACAUCAUUGGACCCGGGGUCAACAUUUUGGCUGCUUGGGGAGCCUCGGUUGACAAUGCUACUAACUCAUUCAAUGUUGUCUCUGGAACUUCAAUGUCUUGCCCUCAUCUUAGUGGAGUCGCAGCUCUAAUCAAGAGUGCCCAUCCAGAUUGGUCCCCUGCAGCGAUAAAAUCAGCCAUUUUGACCACUGCUUACACAAUCAAUCGUGGUGGAAGUUCAAUCUCCACUGAGCAGAACGUUUCUGCUACCGUCUUUGAUCUAGGUUCCGGUCACGUAAACCCACCAACGGCCAUGAAUCCGGGUUUGGUAUAUGACCUCCACCCCGAUGAUUUCGUUCCUUAUCUCUGUGGGUUGGGGUAUGAUGACAAAGCAGUAAGAUUAAUAGUGCAACGAAAGGUGAAUUGCUCGAUGGUACCUUCCAUUUCCGAGGCUCAGUUGAAUUACCCAACAUUCUCCAUUUCAUUGCAUUCUGGUGAUCAAAAGACUUACACCAGAACUAUUACUAAUGUUGGCCUUCCUAACUCAACUUACACCUACAAGGCAUUAUCUCCGGAAGGCGUUGAUGUUAAAGUCAUGCCCAAGGAGAUCAAGUUUAGAAAGCUGAAAGAAAAAGCGAGUUUUUCAGUGAAAUUUACCAGAUUCGGAAAUGCAAUGGGAAGAAGUAGUGUUAGUGAAGGUCACUUGGUAUGGUCGUCAAAUGAAGGUGAAUACAAUGUUGUAAGCGCUAGUGUUGUUGUCUUUGUGUGACUGACUAUAUUGAAUCCCAGUCGUUUGAAAACAGCCACCCCACCCUGCGGUUUACACGAAAACCGUUGGGCAGGGGCACGAUUUUCUGUGCAAACCGCUGGGCUAAGGGGCGGUUAUAAAAAUCUGUAAAAACCGCUGGGUGGGGCGGCGCUUUUGGGACAAACCGCCACCCCACCCAGCGGUUUGGUCCAAUUUUUUUUUUCCGAUCAACUCCUAACUUCGGCCGAAACUUCAAACGAACGUAACUUUGCACUCGGGUAUCCGAUCGUAGCGAUUUUUUUUUUAAUCCGAAUAACUUUUCGAGAUCUUGCAAGCCACAAACUGCCGUAGGCGGUUUGGUACCGCCUUCGUUUCGAAAAACGUCAUUUGCUACCCCGAACGAGCCUUUUUUAUUUCGUCAAACUUUGUGCUCCAAAAUUCGAACGUCAUGAAUUUUUUUUUUGAUUCCGCAUAACUUUUCAAGAUCUACAACUUUUAAGAUAAUCAUAAUUUCGAAAUGUACAUGGAUUUGUGAAAAGUAAAGGUUAAGUUAUUCU